AUGGCGUCGCGGCGCGUGACGCGCAAGUGGGAGGUGUUCGCGGGACGCAACCGGUUCUGGUGCGACGGGCGGCUGAUGACGGCGCCGCACCCCGGCGUGUUCGCGCUCACGCUGGCGCUCAUCUGCGGCACGUGCGCGCUGCACUUCGCCUUCGACUGCCCCUUCCUGGCGACGCGCGUGUCGGCCGCCGUGCCGGCCGCGGGCGCCGCGCUGUGCGCCAGCACGCUGGCCGCGCUGCUGCGCACGGCGCUGUCCGACCCCGGCAUCAUCCCGCGCGCCGCGCCGCACGAGGCGGCCGCGCUGGGCGACGCGGGCGCGGGCCGGCCGCCGCCGCGCGCGCGCGAGGUGCUCGUGCGCGGCCGCGCCGUCAAGCUCAAGUACUGCUUCACCUGCAAGAUGUUCCGCCCGCCGCGCGCCUCGCACUGCUCGCUCUGCGACAACUGCGUGGACCGCUUCGACCACCACUGCCCCUGGGUGGGCAACUGCGUGGGCAAGCGCAACUACCGCUACUUCUACGCGUUCGUGGUGUCGCUGUCCUUCUUGGCCGUGUUCGUGUUCGCGUGCGCGGUGGCGCACCUAGCGCUGCUGGCUCGCGGCGCGGGCGCGAUGGCGGCGCUGCGGGCCAGCCCCGCCUCGGCCGUGGUGGCCGCCGUGUGCUUCCUGUCCGUGUGGUCCGUGCUCGGCCUCGCCGGCUUCCACACAUACCUCGCCUCCACCGACCAGACCACCAACGAAGACAUAAAGGGUUCGUUUUCGACGCGGCGCGGCGUCGCCAACCCCAACCCGUACUCGCGCGGCAACGCGUGCGCCAACUGCUGGCACGUGCUCUGCGGCCCGCUCGCGCCCAGCCUCAUAGACCGGCGCGGCAUCGUGUCGGGAGACGCGCGCGACGAGAUGCCGCCGCGCUUCGCGCAGGUGCUGUGCGCGCCGCCCGCCCCCGCCCCCGCGCCCGUCCCCGCGCCGCCCGCCGCCGCCCCGCCCGCCGCGCCGCCCUCGCCGCUGCCGACACCUCCCGCGCACCAUCGAGACGGUGUACUUAGCGGGCUGGCGGGGCUGGGCGGCAGCUACACGAACUUGUUCGAGAGCGAGGCGCGGCACGCGUACAUGAACCACAGUCUCGACCUCGACCCCGUGCCGCUGCAAGGUGAGCGCCCGCGCGAGAGUGUGUGUGAGCGUGUGGGCGAGCGAGCGCUGACCGGCCGCUCUGUUGCAGAGGUGUGCGUCGGCGGCGGCGGCGGCGGGGGCGGCGGGCGGGGGCGGCGGCGCGGCGGGCGGCGGCGGCGCGGUGGCGGGCGGCGGCGCGCUGAGCGCGUCGCGCCUGCGUCCUGCUGCACGACACCACUA